UGUUAUUCUGUAAAAAUAUUCCUUGUAAUUUUUAUAUUGCUUGCGUUGUUUUAUCGGGGCCAGAUAGCUAAAGUAUGUAAGUGAAAAUUUAGGAAAAAGGGACGAUUUUGACAAUGUUUGCGUAAUCACAGAGAUGAACCUUCCCGAUGUAACACCUUCGUGUGAAGCGUACUGCGCAAGUCAUUGCGUAAGAAUUGAUUACGAAUCUUGACAUUUUCUGACAUUUUGAUGGAUGAUUGACAGUUCGUAUCUGGUCCCCAUAAAAGAACUCGAGUAGAAUUUCCAAGCCAGAACCAGUUGAACGCCGAACCCAUUGAGUGUGCUGAGAAGACAAAUAAAGAAGUUAUAACCAACGAUCCAUUGUAGUAGUGAGAGCCGAGCUGACCCCCAUCAAAGUUCUCAAAGUUCUCCUAUUACAAACUGGUGGAGAAUCCGGGUCGAUUUCGGCCGCCGACGCUUGGCCACUGUACGUGGGUUCCUGACGUCCUCAAAGCCGUACGUGAUUUCCUGACGUCCUCAAAACCGUACGUGGUUUCCUGACGUCCUCAAAACCGUACGUGGUUUCCUGACGUCCUCAAAGCCGUACGUGGUUUCCUGACGUCCUCAAACUGUACGUGGUCUCCGUACGUCCUUAAAGCCGUACGUGGUAAAAUAAAGCCACCACCAACUCCUUACGUGAAACACCACCUUCGCCAGGGUUGUGUAAGUGGUCUUUUACUAACUGUACUGUUACAUAUAACUGUUUUGUCAGCCAUCCAAGAGUUGAGGCUGUGACGCUCCGGAUAACAUCUCUGGUACCUAUCAGAAGAAAACACAAGCAAGAAGAAAAGGAUUGACGAAAAGACUAGCCAGACACAGGACUGACGAAAAGGAUAGCAAGAAGAAACAGGACUGCGAACAGGAAACAAGUGAGAUGCUCCAUUCACUGAACAAUUUACCUCGCCAUUGCCUUUAUGAACUGAACAUUUUCACCUAGUUUUAGUUCUCCGUCGUUUAAUUCACUUAUCUUAGCUCUAGUUUUUUACUUAGUUUCGCGUUUUUUUUACUUAAAUCUAUGACUAGCGAUUUGUUUGCCCCAGCUGUGGAUGUCCUUAGACCCGCAACCUAGUAAGGCAUUAACACGCUCGCAAUCCAAAACCUCUUCUAAAACUGCUAAUUGUACCUGCUCGAUAGGGUCCCACAAGGCAACGUCCAAAAUGAAUGAAAAAGAUAAGAAGGAACUAGCGGAUAUGUUUAAUGGUUUGGUCACUUCACUUCGUAAAGAUAUCGAGAAGGAAUCGAAGUCCAAUACCUCAAAACUCACGUCUUUACGCGAGUCCCUUGAGGAACACAUUGAAACGGGAAAAAGGUCCAAUAAGCUCGGUUUAAAACCAGAUUAUUUUUCGGGCAGCACGGACGAGGAUGCCAGUCAAUGGCUGGAUUUUUACGAACGCAUAGCGCUCAUUAACAAUUGGACUGACCCAUUACAACUGCAAGCGUUUCCAUUAUAUUUACGAGGUAUUGCAGGCAGCUGGUUUCUUACGUUAGAUGAGUCAAUUAAGGCGGACCUUCCUGCGCUAAAAAAGGCGUUUAAAGAACGAUUUUCUUCGGGUCCACAUAAGUGGAUCCUUUCACAACAGUUAGGCACUCGAAAGCAGCGCCCCAAUGAAUCGCUAGAUACCUACGCCAAAGAUAUUACUCGUCAUUGCAAGCGACUAGGACUGUCAGAUGCUGAUUCUAUGCGCUAUUUUAUCGAAGGCCUUCAAAGCGAUUUGCAAGCUUAUGUUGCGCUACAGCAGCCCAAAACAUUGCAGGAGGCUGAGUCAUUUGCUCGCAUGAAACAUACUAUUAAUCAGCGUCAGGGUUUGUCAGAUAGCAAUAAUUCUUCAUUACAUCAAGUAACCGCAUUGCUAACUCGUAUAUCUGAUAAAUUAACUGAGAGUCCUAAGCCCCCAUCUAUUGCUGCCAUAAGUAACCCACCAACAGAGGUAGAGGAUACGCGGUUCGAAAUGAUAUCUAAGCAAAUCAAGCAGUUGCAACAACAGCAGCGGCGCAUGCAGCCUACGAAUGGAGUAGCUGCCUAUGACGCUCCCCAGGGGGGACCACGACAAUAUCCACCCUCUAAUUGGCAAUCCUCAUCUCAAAGGCAGGUCGAACAGUUGCAGCGGCAGGUUGCUCGUUUGGAGAAUGAUUUGCGUCGUUAUCAGAACCCUCGACGCCCUGAUUAUCGCUCUUAUGGGAGAAAUUUUCGCAGUGUAGAAGGGGACCCCAUCUGCAGUUUUUGUAACCGGGUGGGGCAUACCUGGCGCACCUGCCGACAGCGUAACCGGGACCCUAGGUUGCCCUCAACUAAUACCAAUGGCCCGUCUCGCCCACCUACAGGGGGUAAUCCUCCCUUUCGCUCGGCUAACCCACAGGGAAACGCCUAGAGGCUCUUGUUGGAACCGACUCGCAGCCAGCAAGAGCCACCCCGGAGCAUUUAUGUACAUAUUCAUGUAAAAUAGAUACAGUUGAUCAACAUAGUGGUUCUCAUAACUCUGACUAUAAUUUAUGUACAUAUUCAGCUGAAGUUGAUCAGAAUGUAAAUACUCCGAAUUCAGCCCUUCAAGUUAACUUUUCACAGAUUUUAUCUGAUCAAAGUAGCAAUUCCCUUA